AUGGCGAGCACACGGGAAGAGUCGCCCAUGCGCAGCUCACUUGGCAUGGCGAUGCGCACCCACCACGAAUACACGUACCGUCUGCCCACGCCGCCACGCGUCGUCGUACCCCCGCCGACGCUCUCCACCGAUAUGCCAGGCCUCGUGGUGGGCGAGGGGUCUGAGGGGCUCGACAUGGGCUUUCUGAAACACCUGGCCCUGGAGGACAUUGUCCAGAGAAACACGCUGAUUGAAUGGGCGUACGAGCGCCGCAGACAGGCGCAGAUGAUCCUGCCCUGGCUGUUCCUGGGCCCAAUGGUUGCCUCCAAGGACAAGGACUUCUUCGCGCGCGAGGGAAUCACAAUGGUGCUUGCCAUUCGCUCGCGACACAACAGCAUGAGCGGCGCCUUGCAAGCAGCGCGUGACGCCGGUCUUUCCGUAGCUACCAUCGAAACCCCCACCUACCACGCCCUCAUUGGCCGAUUCCACGACACCACAAGGAUCAUCAACGAGCACGUCGCAAGGGUUCGCCAGCACGCCUUGGAGCAGACAGGCCAGCCCACGCUCGGCAAGGUGCUGGUCUUUUGCGAGUCAGGCAACGAGAAGUCGGCUGCUGUGGUGGCGGCAUACCUCAUGGAGACCCUUGACAACUUCGACUUCAUCAAAGCAAUGCAAGUCUGCCAGGCUCAGCGCUUCUGCGUAAACUUUGACGACGCAAUCAAGAAUAUCCUACAGUCCUAUUGGGACAUCCUGCAGGCUCGGCGCUCUGUGUCAAGCUUCAAUGCGCAGCAUCGCCAACCCAACAACAUUGCCCGUGGCUACAAUCAAUGCACCUCGUCUUUGCAGCCCUCUUCAACCGCAAAGUCCAAGCGGUCUAUUGAAGACACCCGUGAUGACGAUGACGUAGAUAUGGAGGACAGUCUGGACCCUUCGGACGCUCUCCGAUUCCAGGGUCGCGACAACACUCCUUUCCAGACCUCCUAG